AUGACAAGCCGUCAGCCCCCAACGAGGCCGAGACCACGGUCUGCCUCCUUACCCAGCCUGGCGACAGUACUGCGGCUCAAGGUGCCUCGGACCUUUGCUGACAUGGAGGGGAUGGUGGAUGCUGACUCACUCGAGAAGAUGAAGGCUAUCUACAAAUCCGUGGACGACAUCGACAUGUACACAGGCGCUCUGUCGGAAUUUCCGAUAGAAGGAGGUCUGGUUGUCCUACAGCUCACCUGUCUGGUCAGCGACCAGUUUAAGCGACUCAAGCAAGCUCAACUGGAUGAAAUCAGGAAGACAACUUUGGCUAGUAUUAUCUGUGACACUUCUGACGAUGUGACGACAGUGCAACCUCACGUGAUGAAGAGUGUUGGGACUGACAACACUAGAGUGCCUUGCAGUGCAAAUCCCUCGCGCAGACCUCACCAAGUGGGCGGAGGGAAAGCAACCAGCUCAAGAAAAUCAGUGCAGGAGUUCAAUCUGAAAGCUGAGUUUACUUUGAAAGACACUGACGUCGGAGACAUCAUGCUUUCUGGUGCUUACCAAUCACCAAUCUACUUCUCCCAGGAGAAAGUUGAUGCAACAGGAGGAAAAAAACAGUUUGUUCUCGGCGCAACUCAGGAUGAUGCCCCAACGAUUGUUGGAGUUGAAAAAACUUCCAGUGAUUUUGAAGUAACCACUCUUGAAGAUGUCUCCUUGGAAGAGCUUAUAACUCCUGGUGUUAAAUACACAUCUAGGAUUAUAUUCAGAGAAGAACCAGCAGCUACCAAUGUCAAGCUGAACAGUGGGUUUUACGAUGAUUUGGAUGCUUCAAAUUCAAUUGAAAACCUUAUUGUAGAGAGUCAACAGGUUAACUCAGGACACAUAACAGCUGGUUUGGAUGGAGCAUCUCCUUCUACAGUAUGGUCAGGUACAGUCCCUGUAGCAAUAAAAAUGCCAACUUUUUUCUCUCCCAUAUAUGAUUUAUUUGGAGCAAAAUCGUUCAUGUUUGGAAAUGGUGUGGUUUGGUCAGGAACUCUCAGUGGGACAACAAUAAAAGGCACAUACACAUUGCCCCAAACAACAAAAUCUAUUACUGGUGUAACUACACAAAAUUGGUCUGGUGAAUUUGCCUUUGAGGUAAGUCCUCUUUGGAAUGCAACAUUGGCAGCUAUUUUUGUUCCUGGUGCAAAAUAUUACUCAAAAAUUCAUUUCCAAGGAACCAAAUACGAAGCGGGAAUAACAACGUUGAAAGGUGUUCCCGGAGAAGACCCCACAGUUGGAAUGGCUGCUCCAAUAAUUUUGCAAGGAAGCUACUCCCUCGACAAAUCAACAUUUUUGUGGUCUGGUGGUUUUAUCAUAACAUUCAGAAAUAAGCCAAUUUUGUCAUUUGUCAUGCCACCAAAACCAAAGAAGGUAGAUGUUAACAAACCGUCCAUUACCCUUGAUGUGACCUCUGGUACGGUUGUGGCAGGUUUUACUGGGACCAAUCCAACACAAGUUUGGGGUGGAGAAUUACCUGCAACAAUUCCUUACAGUUCCCUACUAUCCAAGGACAGUUGGAACCCUAUACCAUCUCCAGAUAUCACAUGGACCGGAAAGGUGAACAACAACACAUUCCAAGGAACCUUUGCGGUGCCUACUUACAAACCAAAUAGCACAGAAGAAGUGGUUGUAUGGUUUGUAGGAAACUUCUCAUUCAAAUACACUACAAGAUACGGCCAGUUGUUGGAGGACUUUGUUGUUCCUGGAAAGAAGUACAACUUCAAAUUGAUGUUCAUCCCUACAAAAUCUUCCAGCAAAGAAGACAAAGGAGGAAACAAGUUAGUUCAAUUCACUCAAAAUGCACAGGAAGUAAUUGAUGAUGUCAAACCUGGAAAAAUUCUUUUGUUUGGAAAUUACUUCUCAAAAUCAUUUUACUGUUACUUUGUGCCCUUGUGUACUGAUAAGAAGGAAUACUAUUGGUCGGGAGGUAUGACUUUAAAUUUCCCAGAAACUACCAACAAUACAUCCAACAACUUGAAAAUGAGCAAUGUCGAAGCUAUUGGCAAACCAUCAUCUCAGUUUGGAGGCAAAGUUACAUCAGGAAGCUUAGAAGGGGGUCUGAGUGGUGAAAGCAUGAAUGUUUGGUGGUCAGGUAACUUACCUGUGGCAAUACCCACGGCCAUAUUUAGAACUAACAAAACAAAACUGAUGGCUGGAUCGUUUGGAGGAUACAAGAUUAAUUGGUCAGGAUCUCUAAUUGGAAACACCUUGAAAGGAUCAUUCUCUCUUCCUCAAAUAGUAGCAGAUUACCCUAUGCCAACCGUACGGACAUGGAAUGGUCAGUUUUCAUUUGAAAUCGAGCCACUAUGGAAUGCUACUUUGGACGGUUUGAUUAAGUCUGAAGUCCAAUAUUCUUCUGGGCUUUACUUCCAAGGCAUGAAGGUGGAGGAAAGUAAUGACAAUUUGAAGCUGGGAGAAAGUGUUGUGGGAUCUCAAAGUGCUCCUAUAAUACUACAAGGAAACUUCUCACCUGACGGGGCUUCUUUCAUGUGGUCAGGACAAUUUAUUAUAUCAGUGAAAAACUACCCGAUGUAUGCAUCUUUGAAUCUUAUGAAAACUAAAGUGACUGUGAAAGAUGACUCUUCACCAACCAAAGCUCCAAAACCCACUAAGCCUCCCACUACUCCCAAGCCUGUGAAACCAAAAACAACUGUUAAUUUUUCGGUUCUCACAGGUCAACUGACUGCCACAAAUGGAAGUGACCCUGAGACAGUGUGGGCAGGCACACUUCCAAUAGAAAUAAACACAGAUUUAUUCAAUCCAACAGCAACUCUGGGAGGUGGUAUUUCUAUCAAUUGGACGCCGACGUCACUAUCUCCUCAGUUGGUUGGAACAUUCUCUGUCACAGUUUACAAGCGAAACAGUUCUAUUUUGUUACCUGUGCCAUACUCAGGAAAUUUUUCAUUCCAUUAUGUGACAAAGUGGGGAGGUGCUUUUACCGGUCUGGUGAAUACCGGAAAGCAAUACUCGUGCAGUCUUGUGUUUAAGGAAAUGGCCAAAAGUAGUCAAUCACUGUCAGCUGAGGACGUUCCUAAGCGGUUUGUGCUUGGAGAUGGAGAAUCUUCAGGAACCCCGUGCACGUUAAUACUCACUGGAAAGAAUUAUAUCAAGAGUGGAAAUGCAUUUUACUGUAAAAUAAUUCCGUUCAUGUGUUCCAAUGAACCAGACACAAAUUGGUUUUCAUUUACUGGAGAUGCGUUGUUAGUCAUCAAGCCUCCAGCUGAUCCGCCAAUGCAACAAUUAUCUUUGAUGAAACCCAAACCCACCAUAUCAUACAUGCAGGGCUUCCCAAGAAGAGUGAAUACAACAGUGAUCGGAGGAAGUAUAAAGGCUGGGCUAGAAUCAGAGUAUCCUUCGACAUUAUGGUCCGGAACGUUCCCAGUUGCUAUUCCACUGCCAGUCUUCUGGAGUGACAAUGUGGCUGGAGGAGCAAAGGUACCGAAAGAGGACACAUUGCACACUCACCAAGUGAUCUGGUCGGGUUCACAAAUGGGACCUCGAGUAGAAGGAUCUUUCUCACUCCCUCAAUACAGCAAAACCGGUUUGAAAUGGUGGACAGGAAGAUUCUCGUUCUUGUUCCAGACUAGUUGGGGUAACCUGGGAGAUUUGGAUGAACUUAUCGCUUCUGGUGUUAACUACAAAUCAAGAAUAAUAUUUAGAGAUAUCAACAGCCCAACUCCACUCAUGGCACCUAGUCAGAUUGAUAUUGACACAGCAACGAGUUUGCCCAUAGUAUUACUUGGAACUUACGCACCGGGAAAGAAAACAUUCUUUUGGUCUGGACAGACAAUUAUUGCUACAAGAGGCAGCCCAUGGAACUCUUUAGACCAAGCUAGUAACAUGCUGACUGGUCCUGAACCAGGAGUUUGGCCAAUGAAACCACAACAGAGAGUUGGCGCAUUAGUGUCUUCAGGAAGUGUAACAAACGCCACAAACGGAGCCCCUGUUUGGUCUGGAAGCAUACCAGUAACUAUUCCUCUGUCUGUUUUCAAUGUAACUAAAGGAGUAAAUGUAAUCUGGUCCGCUUCAACCUUGUAUCCUACAUUUUCAGGGAAAUAUUCAAUUCCUCAAUACGUUCCAAACGGAGAGACUUUCAAGAUACAAUGGAUGGACGGCACGUUUUCAUUCGAUCUGACGCCUUUAUGGAACACAUCAUUGGAUGUUGUAGAAAUUGGAAAGGAAUACGCAACGAUUAUUGGCACUAAUUUAGUAAAAUUGUCUAAAGCUGAACAGGCAGAGUUAUUAACUUCAUUCCAAAACUUGAUCAUGGAGUCUGCAGACCUGGCUGGUUCUCCACUAGGAAAAAUAAACUUGAAGGGUUUGCUCACUCCAGACAACUUAAACUUCAUUUGGCAAGGAGAGGCUUGGUUUUAUCCUGAGAAGAACAAAACCGUCGGUCCCAAAAGUAGUUUGAAACUCCAAGCAGAUAAGCCUUUUUACCUAACUCAGUUUGGAGGUUCUGUCUAUGACGGCUCAGUGACCUCUGGAACUUCCAGUUUCUUCAGCCUCAGCCACACUGUAUGGUCUGGGAACAUUCCAGCGGUGAUUCCUUUCUCUGCAUUUUGGACCGGAUCGUUCUCCUCGGCCACAUUCACCAAAGGCAUAACCUGGACAGCCAGCUCUGUGACAGACUCACUAAUUAGCGGAAGUUACUCAGUCCCUCAGUAUUCCUGGGAUGGAAUCGCAACUUCUGUGACUUGGUACAAAGGAAAUUUCAAGUUCUACUUUAGACCUCUUUGGAACGCCACACUCACUUCACUGAUACAACCCGGAGUUCAGUACUAUUCCUCAAUCAGCUUCCAAGGAGAGAAACCUCUGCUUUCAGCAGAAAAUUCUGUUAGUGUUCCAAUAGUUCCGACUACUGGAGUCAAAGCUCCAAUUAUUCUGCAAGGCUCAUACUCUCCUGACCGAACUGCCUUCUACUGGUCUGGAAACUUCAUCUUGAAUGUGAAACCAGCAAAAACUGUGUAAAAACAUAGAUGAUAUGCACUGAAUUGUUGUGGAUAUUUCAACGAUUGGUAGUUUGAAUACACACUUAAAUCUAAGUGAUCGAAACAGGGUAGAGAUGUGUGUUAGUUGUUUUUCAACUACAGUAUCAAUUUUUUUAUUAAUUUAUAAUAGGCUUCUUUUUAAUGGAUUCCCAUUUUAUUAGAACGAAUUAUUUAUAAAAUUAAUUUCAGAAUUUUAUCUUAUUUUAUGUAUUGCACUAGUCAAUCACGUAUCUUUUUAGGUUUAAUAGAAGUUGUGCAAGUUUAUUUUAAAUAGGUAAUAUUUUUAAAUAACCUCAUUCUUUUUUAUUUUUCAUCAUUGGUGUUAUGUUUGAGAAGAUAAUUUUAUAAUGAUGUCCAUACUGUAACCUUUGUUAGCUGAUUAUUUAUUUUAUCUGUGAUUUUUGUCAUUUUUAUUUUCAAGUCUUAUGCCAUCAAUAUUGUUAGUAUAGAUUGGAUCUACCGUCCAUUAGCUUUUUUAUAUUUUUAUAAAUAUCAAUUAAUGAUGUAGUUAGUAGUUUGUGUUGAUCAGUUUUAUUUUCAUGUGCUAUAUUUUAUUACUAGGUAGCAUAGUUUAUAACAAUUAAUAUUUUUUGUAUAGUUAGGUCGAUCUGUCAUAGUGUAAAGACAUAUUUUUAUAUAGUUUUUGUACCUAACAAAGGUAAGUUAGCUGCCAAUGAUCGGUAUUGUAUUUACAUAAAGAAAUGUUAUUUAUGUUAAGAAUAAAGUUUCAAAACUAUUUUUAUCUUCAUA